UCGGGAAACACCGAGAACGGAAGUUGCCAUAUAUUUAAGUGAAACGUCAGACGGGAGUAGGUCAGUUAGAAACGUAACAGGUUUGAGCAUAUAGUCUGUGCUGUGAAUUACACUGUGCAACAUGGGGAAGGACUUUUACAAGAUUCUUGGUGUGACCAAGGCAUCAACCGACGAUGAAAUUAAAAAGGGAUACAGAAAAAUGGCGCUGAAGUAUCACCCCGACAAAAACAAGUCACCUGGAGCAGAGGAGAAAUUCAAGGAGAUAGCCGAGGCAUACGAUGUACUUAGUGACAAGAAGAAAAGGGAAAUAUACGAUAAGUAUGGCGAGGACGGUCUGAAAAAUGGUGGUCCCUCAGGGGGCGGGGGUCACCCUGGCCCGGGUACAUAUAGCUACUCGUUCCAAGGAAACCCUCACGAAACUUUCCGGAUGUUUUUCGGUACUGACAAUCCCUUUGAUAACUUUUUCCACUCCGGAUUUGGUGGUCAAGGUAUGGGUGGGCCCCGCCAGUACCAGUUUGGACAUCCUGGUCAAGAGGAUAUGGACAUUGAUGAUGAUCCUUUUGGAUUUGGUGGGCAAGGGAUGCACGGACACCAUAUGGGGCCGCACGUGCGGGGAAGGAAACGUCAAGACCCACCUGUUGUCAAGGACCUGCCUGUAUCUCUGGAAGACAUUCAUAGAGGAACGACUAAAAAACUGAAAAUCACAAGACGAGUUUUAAAUCCAGAUGGUAAAACAACAAGAAUAGAGGACAAGAUAUUAACAAUCGAUGUAAAACCAGGCUGGAAGGCUGGUACUAAGAUCACUUUUCCGAAGGAAGGGGAUCAGUCACCAAACAGUGUGCCAGCAGAUGUUGUUUUUGUGAUAAAGGACAAACCACACACACAGUUUGCGAGGGAAGGUAGUGAUAUAACAUACAAAGCAAAGAUUCCACUACGAGAUUCGCUGUGCGGCACAACAGUUCAAGUACCUACAAUCGACGGAAGGAAAAUACCUCUCAGAUUAACAGAUGUAGUUAAACCUAACAGUCUAAAACGAAUACAGGGUGAAGGACUUCCACUUCCCAAACAGCCCAACAAACGUGGGGACUUGAUAGUUCAAUUCGAUGUGACAUUUCCUAACCACAUAUCUUCUACAGCCAAGGAAAUUUUAUCUGACUGCUUGCCCAGGUGAUAAGUGGGGCAGUAUGACAAUUGUAGCUCUGUAGCAUUUGUGAUCACUUGGGACGACACUAACAGAGAGACGAAUCCCAAGUAUGUUACUUGUAUGUGUCCUAAUUCAAGAAGUACAUUUGUUCGCUGUGGCAUUACAUUUUAACUAACACAUGUGGAAAUGUUAGAGACAGUGCUUUUUAUGUCAGGAUUUGCUUUUGAUACAAUAAUCGUGCACACCUGUAAUUGACCUAACCAGGCUAUGCUGUCGGAGCCAUAGACACACAGCCAUGCAUGAAUCACAAUUGGAGUGGAACAUAUGUUACUUAGGAUUGUGUGGCUAUUAUGUCGAAUCUUGGAAGGGAGUGAUUGAAAUAACAAAUUGUAUCCUCAUUAUGUAUAAUCAUGAGGUUCACUCCCAGUUAAGCUCUUCAGCAGUUUAAUAGUUAUGUGUAUAAAAGCUUUGCUUGUAAAUUCCAGCACUCGUGAGGCGAGUCGUGUUCAUAUGAACAUUGUGGGAGUUUAAAUCUUGAAAUACAACUUGAUCUCUAUUGUGAGAGAGAAAGUUUAAAGGCGUACAAUAAAGUUUACAAUAUAUACCCAGUAAGCUGAUCGCCCACUAUGUUGCCUAGCCCUUGUUUGGCUAUCGACACGCCCUGUUUUAUUUACUAUGUACAGCAGUGAGCUAUGGGGUAAAAAUAGCGCCAAAUUUGUUUAAAUAAAUUAUAAGUUAUUUAACUGAAAUCUAGUCUGAUUAAAUCUAAAAUUUAUUGGUGUUGUAAGAUUAUACCAUGCUUGAAUUAACAGUUCAAAAUUAAUUGCCCCGUGAGGUCACUAUACUGUUCUUGUGUCAAGUGUCCAAUAUAAUUAUAUUUAUUGUAUAUGUCUGUAAUAAUAUAGAUAUAUAUUUGUGUUAAAAGAUUACAUAUAUGUUACUGAAGAUCGUUUCAGAAUAAAUUCAUAAGUUAAAGUAACAAAUUAAAGUUAACUUAAAUUACAAUGAGAUUGGUGUUCAAUCACCAUCAAUGCAGACAUCAAUGCAGACAUUGAGUACAUUUGCACUAAAAGUUUACAAGUAUUAUUUCCGUGGUAAGCAAGACUUAUAGAAAAUAGGUGGGAAUACUGCUAACAUUGUUAUAAUUAACUGUAUAUACGUUUUUAUUUUGGGAUGAAUUGUUUGUUUAUUUGGGUAUUUAAGUUGUAGAUGACAUGUUUGUACAGGAGCUCGAUCUAUAUAGGGAAAAGUCAUUGUUCAAACAUACAUACAUAACUCGAAGUCCAGUAUAGCUAGGUAGCUAUAUAGUUAUUAUUAGAAUGAUGUAGUCAAAUAUGUCGCUCACCUCCUGGGACAUUUUCUAGAGUUUUAACAUCAGUGUCUUUAGCCCCCAUUAUUUAUAAAAGAUUUAACUGUUUUAGAUUUCCUAUCACAAAACGUCUGACUAUUAGUUAUAUAUAAAAGUAUUUAUAUAUGCGAGAUGAAUAUCUGAUUAACAGUGCCUAGUACAAAUGACCCUGUUAAAUUCCUUAAGACAUGACAGUAGACGGGACAUUGAUGAGACAAUUUGGGUUUAACAACAUAGAUGUGUAACUAUAAUUUAUACCAAUAAAAUCAAAAUAUGUAAAUUUUGUUUCCCAAAUUUUGAAAUCAUGCCAAAAUUUCUAAAUGUUCCAAGAACACACGGUCUCUGAUCAUGUAAUGCAUGUAUCUAUAGGUCUGGGUAUACUAUAGGUAUUUACUGACAUAUAUAUAUAUUUUCUAUACUAGCUGAGGUCAUGGGAACAUGAUUAAACCUGGGGGUUAUGAAGGUUUAUAUAGGACUAUGUAUAUACCUGCUAGGUAAUCGGGGGAUCAGUGAGAUAGGGCUCCAUAAAUACAGAAGCUGAAGGCCUCUCUACUCUAGACAAAUGUGUACCUGCCAGUACUAUUUUUCACUGGUAUUCUUAGUGAUGUGCCCACACAUCUCACUGGUUUAAACUGUGCCUGGGGUACUGGAGGAAGGCCAGUGUGUCUCACAUUCAGUACAGCUCUGCCUAAACAUCAUUUGUAGAGGUGUCCCACGUAUCGCCUGGAGGGGGGUCCAUAAUCUGUUGGCAUCCUCUAAAACCUGGCAUGUCCGCUCAAGUAGUCGCUACCUCAUUAAUAUUAAUCACUUGUACACAUAUAUAGUUAUAAAUACACAAUGCUGGAAAUUUGUGUUAUAUCACAAUUAAAUAAAAGUCAGAUCUGAUCCUAAGUUAUGUACCGGAGACAGAGUGAGACUGAAUUGGAGGCUGUAUUAGUCGAAGACGAGGCCAUGUGUUACAGGUUUCUGUCUGAUUCACCAUCACUCUAUCUGUAGAAUGUAUGGUUAGGCAGCUAACAGCCUAUCCUAGUCAUAUUAUUUUGCUGAUUUUUUUUUGUGUUACUCUUUUAUUUAUAUAAGAUAUGAAAGAAAUUGUCGAUGCUAUAUAGCAGUAUUUGUGUGUGAUUUAGUGCAAAAGAUUUGGUGAAAGUUGAGUAAUCGGAAAUGAGAGCUAGUCGAUAUAAAUGUGUAUGGCAGCAAUUCAUUUCAUUAUACUGUAUAAAUAAAGAGGCUUGUUAAAUUGUA